AUGAACCACUGCCACCAUCUAUCCAUCACACAAAAGCAUCAUCUAUCUAUCUAACCAGAGUGAUAAAAUGGAGGUGCAGGUGAAGAGGAGUUCGGUCGUGCCGCCGCCGCCGCGCGAGACGGAGGAGACGCCGCUCACCGUGUUCGAACUCGUCGCGCCGACGUACCACGUCACCGUCCUCUUCGCCUUCUCGCCGCCCAACCCGACCACCCGCGCCCUCCUCGACGCUCUCUCCGCCACGCUCCCGCACUUCCCGCUCCUCACCGCGCGCCUCGACCGCCGCGGCGCCCGUCGCCGCCCGUUCUUCGUCACGGGCAGAGGUGGCGCCGGCGCACUCGUCGUGGAGGCCGAGGUGUCGUCCGACCUCGCUGACCACCUCCCGCUCGCGCCGUCGCCGGAGCUCGCGCGCCUCCACCCGCCGGUCAACACGGACGCGCCGACGCCGCAUGUGCUGCUGGUGCAGAUCAACCGCUUCGCGUGCGGCGGCCUCGUGGUCGUCUCGUCGGCUCACCACCAGGCCGCCGACGGGUUCUCCAUGAGCACCUUCUUUCACGCCUGGACCGACGCCGUCCGUCGCAACGGAGCUCCGCUGCUUGACCGACCUGUACCGUACGGCCCCGGCGCGCUCUCGCCGCGCCGGCCGCCGCGGUGCGAGUUCGAGCACCGCGGCAAGGAGUUCUUGCCGCACGACGGCGUCACGAGCAGGCAAGGACAAGGCGCCGACACCGGCGCCGUCCGCAUCGACCCUUCCGAGGUCGCCAACGUGCUGCUGCACUACCCGAGCGAGUUCGUCGCCGAGCUCAAGCGGCGCGCGCAGGGCAAGUACACCACGUUCGAGACCGUGUCGGCGCACGUCUGGAAGAAGAUCACCGCCGUGCGCGGGCUCGACGCCGGCGCGCGCACGUCGGUGAACGUCUCCGUGAACGGCCGCGCCCGGCUCGGGACAGGAACCGUGCCAAACGGCUUCUUCGGCAACCUCAUCAUCAACGCGAGCUCCGGCCCGACAGCGAGGGAGCUGACCACCGGUACUCUCGCGGACGCGGCGGCGCUGAUCCGCGCGGGGAUCCGCGCCGUCGACCGGCGCUACUUCCAGUCGUUCAUCGACUUCGGGGCGCUCCACGUCGACGGCGGCAGGGACGAGGAGGAGCCGCUUCAGCCGGCGAACGUGGACGAGCCCGGCGUGCUGUCGCCGGACGUGGACUCGGACAGCUGGCUGCACCUGGAGCUGCACCGGCUGGACAUGGGGCUCGGCGGGCGGCUCGCCGGGAUCCUGCCGGCGAAGGUGCCAGAGGACGGGGUGGUGGUGGUGAUGCCGAGCCUGAGGAAAAGUGGUGGGGUGGAGGUGUUCGUGGCGCUGUGGGAGAAGCACGCGAAUGAGCUCACCAGCAUCGCUUACACCAUGGAUUAGUGAAACACUAACCAAGAUGUAGCUGCCUAAUCACGCAUGUAAUAAUAACAACCUAUCUGAUUACUACUCAUGUAUACUACUCAAGUAUACUGCUGCAAUUAACGAAUGUGUGCGUGCGUAAAUAAAGAAAAGGUUAUCUUAGAAGUAAUCAGCGUAAUUGAAUCCGAAUCCGAAUCCAUCACGAUCGACAUUCUAGUUGUGCUUCACUCA